UACUAGCGUGGUGGACGUGUACCGCUCCGCUCCGCUGCGAUAUUCACGCGCUACUUGACAGUUGUGCCGUGUUCUAUAAUGACUGUAGUGUAUUAUUGUGAAACAUAGUGGAUGUUGCUUUGAGUUUGUAUAUAAUUUCAGAACGCAAACUAAGGCAACGUCCUCUACGUUUGAUUUUAGAAUUCGAACCUUAGAAAAGAAACACUUUUAGUUGUGUGUGUGCCAUGCUGACAAGUACUAGCUCGUGAGUGUGAGUGAGAUGGCGCGGGGAGUAAUAAUAUCCUUUGCCAUCUUGGUGCCUUUGAUGUCGCUGAUAAAAGUCGCGUAUGCGCAUUUCACGCCAACAUGGGCAGUUCAUAUACCUGCAGGGAAGGAGACAGCGGAGGCAGUGGCAUUGGAUCAUGGUUUCGUCUAUCUUGGAGAGAUAUUCGAAAAUCACUAUCACUUUCAUCACAACUCAUUAGCGAAGCGGUCUCUAACGCCUGCGCACGAACAUCACGACCGAUUGCAGGGAGACGAACGUGUGCAAUGGGCAAAGCAACAGAAGAUCCUAUCGAGGAAGAAAAGGGAUUUUCAACCUUUACCAGACAUCUCCAGUACAGCUGAAACAAAAGCAUCGGGCGCGCCCUCCAUGAAAAGAGAAGCGGGGUCGAAACGUGAACUGCACUCAAGAGUGAAAGGAAGGCCGCGCUCCGCCGAUUCCAAGUUCCAAUUAAACGAUCCCAAGUGGCCUCAUAUGUGGUACCUGAACCGUGGUGGCGGCUUGGAUAUGAACGUGAUACCCGCGUGGCGGGAAGGCAUUACUGGCAGAGGCGUAGUGGUCACCAUCCUUGAUGACGGCUUAGAAACUGACCACCCGGAUUUAAUAGCCAACUAUGAUCACAUGGCAUCAUACGACGUAAACUCCCACGACCCAGACCCUCAGCCCAGAUACGACAUGAUCGAUUCGAAUCGACACGGCACUCGUUGCGCGGGAGAAGUCGCAGCAACCGCUAAUAAUUCGUUAUGCGCUGUCGGAGUCGCUUACGAAGCAAGUGUUGGAGGUGUGCGAAUGUUAGACGGUGAUGUCACAGACGCAGUGGAAGCACGCUCUUUAAGCCUCAAUCCUCAACACGUCGACAUCUAUAGCGCUUCGUGGGGUCCGGAUGACGACGGGAAGACGGUGGAUGGCCCUGGAGAACUGGCAACUAGAGCGUUUAUUGAGGGCGUCACUAAGGGACGUAAUGGCAAAGGAUCAAUCUUCGUAUGGGCAUCGGGUAACGGCGGUCGAGAACACGACAAUUGUAAUUGUGACGGUUAUACCAACUCCAUCUGGACCCUCUCCAUAUCGUCUGCGACGGAAAGAGGCGAGGUACCGUGGUACUCGGAGAUGUGCAGUUCGACUCUUGCUGCAACUUAUAGUUCAGGAGCUAUUAAUGAAAAACAGGUUGUGACCACUGACCUCCACCACUCGUGCACAGCUGGACACACAGGCACGUCUGCGUCCGCGCCUCUUGCAGCGGGUAUUUGUGCGCUUGCGUUGCAGGCAAACAGAGACCUUACAUGGAGGGAUAUGCAACAUAUCGUUGUUCGGACCGCAAGACCAGAACGCUUGAGUAUCGGCGGGGAAUGGAGGGUCAAUGGUGUCGGAAGGAACGUAUCACAUUCCUUUGGUUACGGACUACUGGAUGCCGCUGGGAUGGUUCGGCUUGCAAGGUCUUGGAAACCGGUCCCCGCACAAAGACGAUGUGAACUAGCUGCCCCAAGGCCUCAACGAGCCGUGCCCCCUAGGUCUUCUAUAACUCUACAGUUGGAUGUAGGCGCUUGUCCCGGAGUGAACUACUUGGAGCACGUGCAGGCGCGUGUGUCACUGUCAGCGGCCCGGCGUGGCGACCUGCGUAUUGCCCUCACUUCGCCAGCUGGUACCAGGGUUACAUUACUCGCGCCCCGACCACACGACUCCUCGCGCGCGGGUUUCAAUUCUUGGCCGUUCAUGUCUGUACAUAUGUGGGGAGAGUCGCCCCUCGGGGUCUGGCAGCUUGAGGUUUCGAACGAAGGACGAUAUUUGGGUCGAGCGACAUUACAAGACUGGUCAUUGACUUUAUACGGAACAAGCACACCGGCUGCAAAAAACGACCCUAUACCAUUUAGAAAUCCGAUAAUGAGAAAUAGGAGCAAUGCAACUCGUCCUGUAGUAUUACAGGCCGGACGAAAAAAUAAUAGAGGGAAAGCCGUCCAUAUCGUACCUACACAGUAUACAGUAGGUCUCGUCAAAAGGAAAAAGAAUAAGAAUUCAAAGAAUCCAAAUAGGAAUUCGCAGAAAAAACAAGGUCGACCCGCCACACGCUCGCCAAUAGAAAGUACGACGUCACGCCCGACGACGUCGACCACGGCGGAUUUGAGCCUCAAUUUACGAGGGGAUAUAACAGAUCCCUUGUCCGAUGUCAGAGGGCGUAAGAUGUCAAAUCUGUUCGAGCAGUAUCCGAAAAUUCAGCGAAUAUAUCCAGCGCCGCUGCAAGCCAACGCCGGGCCGCUGACGCAGUGGGAGUUAAUAUUCUACGGUACGGAGACGCCGGCUCAGGAGUAUGAUGCAUCGCCAGAAAGCAACUCCGUUGGGACGAGUGGUGUGACGUCAUGGAGCGGUGCGAAUGUCCCUGAAACGCCGGAAGUAAGACAGAACACUAUUGACGACGAUCUGGCUCUUGUAUGGCAUGAUUCGCACGCGAUUCGUGAGGAAGGCCCAGUCGUAGAGCCGGGAGGGUACGCGGCGAGCGGGUGCGCCACGCACGCACCGCAGCCUCCGCACCGCUGUUUAGAAUGCGCGAAGGGUUUGCACUUGUACGACGGUCGAUGCUAUCAGCGUUGUCCGGCCGAGACUUAUGCCAGUGAAAUUUUAAUGGAACGAAGCUCACGAAGACGUAACCUCACAUACUUGGAGUCGGGUGACUCUUCAGUCGUGAUGAAGCGACAGGGUGAUGUUCUCAAACCUACCACGAUUGAAGCGCUUGAUAUGGAACCUUCAAAUAACUUUUCUAAAGCGCCUUUAAUUUGUCUCCCUUGCCAUUAUACAUGCGCCACUUGUACAGGACCCCACAACAGUCAGUGUUCCUCCUGCUUAGACGACGCUCAACUUUACAAUAUGUCUGAUGUUGAAUCGAAACUUUACUGCUAUCCUAAAACCGUUCUACCGCAAAUUAACGACGCUAAUUGGCACUACAAAGUCAAUUUAAUACUCACUAUAGCAUUAAUUCUUGUUACUUGCAUUUCGCUUUACAUAUUGAUUGUUUGUUCGCUUAAACGAAUGGGCGUAUCCUGCUGUGGUUAUAAUUACGAUUCCAAUAUCAAGAUAGCGUAUAACAAGUUAGCUGUAGAUGAUAAACAGCAAAGCGCUAUAGAAAUCGAGGAAGAGAUUCAUAAGGCUCUAAAUAAGUAUUCAAGCGAAAGCGAGUCGGAGGAUGAUAUGAAUUUAUAGCGUCUCCUUAGCUUUCGCAUCGAGUAUUACACAUUAAUUUAGUAUUAAGUUAACAUAUGCAGGGCUCAUUGUGAUACAGCACUAUCGAACGUCACAUUUUUUUAUAUUAUCCGUAUAAGAUACACUUAUAGAUAAAUAAAGCAGUCAACUAAAGUUAUAACGGAAUUGGUACAAAGAAGAAUUUGUUGUAGUUUGUAUUAUGUAGUCCAAAGACUUCAUUGAAUUUCAUGUUUUGGCAUUUAUUUCUUGGAACAAUUCUACCCCUUAGUAGUAGUUUCUUUUCAAACUUGACUUGAUUAAUGAUUUAAUAAUUCUAUUCAAUCUAAAUACAUCACAUUCCGUGUCUUAUAAUUAUAAGUUUUUACAUAAAUAUAAUUUAAUAUUUCCUCGAUUUUAAUUAGCGUAAAGAAAAUAUGAGCAAAGAACAAAUUGAUACGCUCAAAAGAUUAUAUUGAAUUUUGCAACGCGCAAAUGUUUGGUGUAAUUGAAUCGAUAUAUCUUGGGGUUCGUACAAGUGCAGGAUCUUAUACUCAGACAAUAAUAGUCUUAAAAGCUAUUAUACUUAUAGAUCAAUAUCGUUUAAUGGAAAAGUAAGUAUCCCUUACACUGUUGUGGACAGUCUAAUAUAAACGUUGAUAGUUAAGUAAUACGGUAUAUUUUGUCUCGUUUAGUUAGAAUUUUGUGCUCAUUUAUAUUAUGGGCGUUUUUUUACUUGAAAUAAAUUUUCAAUUUAACCGAUUGAAACGUAGGGAAUCUACAAAGUUUGAAUAAAAAAUAUAUUGUGGCUUAAAUAUUCGUACGUGCCUGAGUAUUUAAAAAAUGAUUUGCGACUCAGUCGUAUUGAAAGUAAAAUUUAAUGAAACGACGCGACAGAUUAAAGUCAAUGCUAGGAUAAUAAUUAAAUAUAGAUAUUUUAAAAGCAAUUUUAUUUCCUUUACUUUAUAACUUUUAUAUAUUAAAAACGCGUUCUAUAUGACUCUUUUAGUUUUAAUAAAUUUUCGGUUAUUAACCUUUCAUUCGAAAAUCGUUUAUAACUGUACCAACUGGCUUCAAAGAGCUAUAUUUUAAUAUACUUUUCUGCUUUUACAUAACGUGAUGCAUAAUAUUUUACUUAAGUAAACCUAUCUUUGCUCAAGUUGCCAUUUGAUUAGGUAAGGAAUGAGCUACAAUGUAAAUAUAAUUUGGAUGUA